AUGGGGAACGCUUCCGGCAGGGUCCGGAAGCGUUUGCAAAAACAAAAAAAUAAAAGAAGGUGCUACAAGUGUCGUAGAACCGGACACCUAAUUGUCGAUUGUCCGGACACUACUACCCGCCGUGGGAAUAAGGGACCACCACCACCGCCACUACCACCACCACCACCGCAAACACCAACCCCGCCGACAGCGACACCCCAAACAGGGGAAGAAACCGACGGCACCAUGGACAUUGUCACAAAGGACAUGUCCAUGGUGACAGUUCACUCUGAAGAGAGCAGAGGGGUGUCAAGUCACAAUGCAGAUGAAUAA